UGAAUCAUAUGACAAAAAUUUAACACAGAUAAAUGUUCCUCAAGCAGUGUUUAAAAUUAUUGAUGAAAACAUUAACCAUUAUAUGGAGGGAAAUUUAAACAAAAAAUUAUAUGUAUUUGAUGAGAAUAACUUAAAAAGGAGUAAUGAUGAUAUAGAAUAUGAAAUGGAUGAAGAUGAUUAUGAAUGGAUCAAAUGUAUAAAUGAAUCAAAUGAUUGCAAAAUUUUUGAGCACACAUUUGAAUAUUUAAUUGACAGGAUAGAAAAAAAGGCCUUUAUCAGUUACAAUUUAUCAUAUCAAACUAAUGAUAAAUUAUACAAGCCAAAUAAAUCUAUGAUGAAAAAAAAUUUGAAAUUUGAAAGGACAGAACUAUCAACUCCCGAUAUCAAAUCAAAUUCUCCAAAUUCCCCCACCUCUUGCCAUUGUCAUCCACCGGACUCGGAUGCCGUAUGCAACAUAUGCUUAGAUGGGGAGUGCUCUAACGUCAACGCUAUCCUAUUCUGUGAUUCCUGCGACGUGCCAGUGCACCAAGAAUGCUACGGAGUUCCCUACGUGCCUGAAGGCCAAUGGCUGUGCCGAGUCUGCCUCAGACUUCCCAACCAUACUACUAGUUUUGCCUCUCGACUCAAGUGCGUUUUGUGUCCCGACGGGACUAGACCUGCCGCCUUUAAAAACGUUUCUACCGCUAAAACGACUAUCAGAAGGGAUAUUGAUUAUGAUGAAUUAGCUGUCGAUAAUUUAUGGGCUCACGUGGUUUGCGCUUUAUGGAUCCCCGAAGUUUCCUUUGGCAAUACUGUUUUCCUUGAGCCUGUAGAUAACGUGGAUAAGAUACCAGCCGCUAGAUGGCGUCUUACAUGCUACAUCUGUAAGCAGCGGGGCGUAGGUGCUUGCAUUCAAUGCCAAAAGACAAAUUGUUACACAGCUUUUCAUGUGACCUGCGCUCAGCAAGCCGGUCUUUAUAUGGCCUUAGAAACCUCUAACUUUAAUAAUGGCAUGAAUAUAGAAGAUGGAAAUGAGACGUUUUUCAAGUCAAGCCCGGUUUACCAUCCUCCAACACAUUCUUUGACCAAUACUCCUACAAUCCAUCCUAAUGGUCCGUUAUCCCCUUUGGCGGUUAAGAAGAUAGCUUAUUGUGACAUUCAUACCCCAUCCAACUUGACGUCGGAGGAGUGGAGCAAGUCUUGGUCCAUCAAAAAAAGUCCCCAUUUCACACUCGAACCCAACGACCCUUAUUACAAGUACCUUAAUAGCAAUAAAAAGGCAAAUCCGCAUAACACCCAUUCGUCUGUGAAUUUAGUCGAAAGGGCUAGAAAACUAAUGGCUGCAAGGAGGUCCAAAAUUCCAGUGCCACCCACAAUAGUCAUGCCUGCGUUGAGCGAAGAGAGCCUAAAAACUUUACUUAAAUCGCAUUGGCCUCCCACAUCUUCCUUCCUAUCCUCCUUUUCUGUUCUCAAUUCCUCCAGCACCAAUUCUACCCCUGACGCGUUAGCGAAUGAACAAUUAACCAAACAGGCCAUUCUCAAGAGAGUUUUGAGUUAUUGGAAGAUCAAGAGACAGGCGAGGAAUGGGUUUUCACUCAUCAAAAGGUUCCAAUUCAAUCAGUCCUCUUCUAGCGCAACUGGCGUUAAUUCCGCUCUAGUCAUUAAAGAGUUGGUGGAUUGGCAGAAAAAAGAGGACUCGAGGAUCGAGAAAUACUCCAAAAAGACUUAUUUCUCGGAAUUAUAUUCCAACAUGACCAACAUAUCUCCUGUUCAGAACAAAUCGCCACCGCCCUUUAAGAGUUCUAUUUUAUCGGUCACAAAAUUUCGUUCUUCCUCCAAAGAUUUUCCUCACAGGAAAUCGAAUGCAAAAUUUUUUAAUCUCGACGAUGUUUCUUCCAGUUAUCACCACCUGUUUAGACCUUGGUUAAAAUUGAGACAGGAUCUAGAAAAAUCGCGCCUGCUUACCGAACUUAUAAGGAAGCGGGAAAAGUUGAAAAAGGAAAAAAUAGCUUUAUCCCAAAAUAUAACCGAUCACAAGCUAAGACCACUUAUAUUGUUUCUACGGCCUAUUUUAUAUUACUUAGAAAGUUUGGAUACUCAUCAAAUAUUCCAUAAACCCGUAGAUAUUAAACAAGUUUCAGAUUAUUUAACCCUCAUAUCGGAACCCAUGGAUUUUUCUACCAUGAGAUACAAACUACUAAAUAAUCUCUACCAGAGUUUCGAACAAUUCGAUCGCGAUUUCAACCUCAUGAUCGAUAAUUGCAAAACGUAUAACCCUAAGGAUUCUAUCUUCUACAAAUCGGCGCUUAAGCUGAAGAAUCAGUCGGCUCAUGUAAUGACUGAAGCGCAAAAAAUAGCUCCUGUUGAUCUUAUUACAACUACUAGUUUAUCACCUUGUGCAAUGGGCGGUGAGACUCAAGUCAUGCAACCUAUCAUUGAUCUCAUUAAACCUACCUUUUACAAACAUUCUAAACAACAUAGAAAAAGUAGUGACGUGAAACCAUUGCCAAAUUAUAAAGAAAGGUAUAAAGCUUUGCAAAUCGAUAUCAUUGAUCUCAAACGCAACAUAGAAAAUGCGAAGACUAUACAAGAAAAAGCGAAAAAAAUAUAUCAAUUAAAGACCUUACGCGCUCAAUUACUCUGCAAACAUCGUAUGAUAUCUUCUGUGAAAAAACAUUUGACUUCGUUUUCCGCUGACUCAUUGAUAUGCCCUGAACCAGAGCGUGAGGCAGACAUUCAUAUAGAAUCACCAACUCCAUUCGGUACUUCAAUAUCAGAUUGGAGCCUAUCUGCAAACUUAAAAUCUCUAAUCGCAGCUCAACAAACAUUAUAUUCUCCCAUUAAAACCUUAAAUUUACCACGUUACGAUAAUCAUGAGCCAAAUGUUAAAUCGCCUAUAUCGCCAUGUACUCACUCUCGUAAAGUUGAAAAUAAUGUCAAGCAAAAGAAAAUAGUUGUCAGUUUCCCACUUGAUUACAUCAAUUUAUCACCACAAGGAAUAAAUGGUUUAGGCGACAGAGCCAAAGGAACCCGAAAUCAUCAAGAUUCAAGUCUUGCUGAGAAAUGUUUUACUAAUGAAAAUGAUGCAGAAACGAUUGGAGAUUUAGCUGAAAUUAAUGAAUCAACACCACUCUAUGUUGUUGUAAAAAAUAAGGAUUCGGAUUGUACAGAUUCGGAAAACUCUUUAUUUCCACAUUCUCAGUUCAAUUCUCAAUUAACGGCCGACACUUUGUUGUUUGCGACAUCCACAUUUUCUCCAAAAGUUAAUAGGAGAUCAAAAAUCCUUUUCAAUAAACCUUCUUCCAUCAAUAAAUCAACUAGCCACCAAAAACAAACGUAUAUCGACAAUUCUAUCAACUCCAUAUCGCACAAUACCGAUUCUUUAUCUUUCAAUAUACAUCAAACCGACCCUUCCACCCUUAUUAAUAUAAAUAUCGGCAACAAGAAUACUAAUAAAUUUGUUAAUACUAACAACUCGACGGCUAAAAGGGAAAAUGAUUUGAAUGUUGAUUACAAGAAUUUACAAAGUUUUGACGAUAUCAAAAUCAAUAUAAACAUGAAUCCUGCUAAUAAAAAAAAUGGCCAAACUAGGGAGAGUGCCCUUGACAUUGACAAAUAUCCCGUUUCAAAUUCUGGUAGUUAUGCUCCACAAAAUGUAUCGAAAAGUGACAAAGCUGAUAUUUAUAAUGGUUUUGCCCAGUGGAAUACUCAAAAUUAUUCAAACAACAUUUCUUCCUCCGAUACUAUCCCAGUUUUCAGCGAUGUCAGUGGUAUCAGGGAAAGUUUCCAAUUGUACCGAUCCGAUAAUAAUGUCUUGUGUGACGACGAUAUAUCAGAGAAUUUUAAUGGUCCGAAUCACAAUCUCAAUUCUAAUGACGAAGCAAAGAAUGAUGAAAAUAUUCUUUCUAAAUUUCCCUCAUCCCUUUCGCCAUCAUCUCCGGCUUCCAGCCUUUCCUCAUGUUCCGAUAAAACGCCCUUAUAUUUUUACGCCUCAGAACAGUACAAAAAGGGGGAAACUUUUUAAAUAUCCGUUAAAAUAAAAAAAGCUGGGUACAAUGAAAAAUUAUCUUCAGGUAAAACAAGUAACCAAUCAAUCAAAACUUUAGUUAUGUUGGCUUGACCUUGAUAUUCAAACCUUGACUAAUUACUAAUCUGAAAACAAUAAAAAUAUCAAAUAUUCCGCUUUGAACAAGAAAAUAAGCAAUAUUUAUAGCAACAAGUUUUUGAUAUAUUUUAAUGAAUGUCAUAGGUCAUUUGCCGAUUUUAUACGACACAUAUAUUUUUUUUCCUAAUUUAAUAUAAUAUUUAAUCUAUUAAAAUCCGUUAUCAAAAAAAAUAUGUAUAUUGCUGUGAUAAAUCUUUAUAUAGUAAUUGAAGAUUUUUUUAAAAUUAAAUCCUUUUUGAACUAAUAGCAUAUAAAAUA